AUGAAGGCCCUGCUCCUGAGCUUUGGCCUGGGCCUUGUUGUGGCCCUGCAGGCCCAGACCUACCCUGCUGUGGAAGAGAGUCAGGAUAUGUCAGGAACGUGGUAUGUUAAAGCUACAGCAUCUGACAAGGAGAUUCCUGACAAAAACCUUGACUCUGUGUCUGUGACUCUCAUGACCAUCAAGACCCUGGAAGAGGGCAACCUGGAAGUCAAGUUCACUAUCCGGCCUGCUGGACAGUGUCGAGAGAUGAGCAUUAUCCUAGAGAAGACAGAUCAACCUAACAAAUACACAGCCUUUGAGGGCACUCAGGUGCUCUACAUCAUACCAUCUGCAGUGGAGGACCACUACUUCUUCUACUGGGAGAGCAGCAAACAUGGGUUCCGUUUCCGAAUUGCAAAACUCAUGGGUAGAGACCCUGACAUCAACCAGGAGGCCCUGGAAGAUUUUCAGAAUGCUGUAAGAGCUGGAGGCCUCAACGCAGGGAACAUCUUCAUCCCCAUGCAGAGUGAAACCUGCCCUCUAGGAAGCAAUUAG